CAUUAGUUAGAAAGCAGAGAUAGAUAUCAAAGCAGAAGCACUCAUCCCAUUGAGGCUGUAUCAUCCAAGAGACCACAAGCAAGAGAACUGGAGUGACGAGUGACAGUCCACUUCUGUGUUGCCAGCCAUUCCGUGUUCCGUGGCUUUGGCUGCGUCUAGAUCGCUUUCUGAAAGCUCUAGCACUUGCAAGUUACGCCACGCACAGUACUACCACACUACCACGCACACCACUCACCUGUUUCGGCUACAGUACCAAAUCUAUACAGACAUGGCAAACCCAGGUCCACCAUCGGCGAUAGAUCUCCCCUUGUUGGACGGAGAGGAAGCGAGGCGCAUCGAUUUGGAAGUGACGGAAAAGUUGGGUCGAGUGCGUGUGUUGGAGGGAGUGGCCACCCGUGUGGCCGAUACACUCCUCUAUCAUCUCGACAUUACUAGUAGUAUUCCCUUUUUGUUUGUGGCUGGCAAAGGCAACAACGGUGCCAAUGCCAUUGCCGCGGCACGCAUGUUGCAUCUGAGAGGACGAGAGACUUUUGUAGUGUUACUGGUAGAUCCAGCCAAAGAUGAUCUUCGUCCCAACAUUCGAGAACAAAUAGACUUGUACCAUGAUUUUGCCGGGGGCGACAGGCUGUUUCCGCUCGAUUUGGACAAGAUUCAACAGUUUGAAGGAGUGCUGAUUGAUGGUAUUUUGGGUACGGGCAUUACGGAUCCACCCCGAGGAAUAUCCAAGCAGGCUAUUCAAGCCAUGAAUCAAGCGGGUAAUAAUGCAAAGGGUAUUUUGGCCAUUGAUAUCCCCAGUGGGCUGAAUCACAUUACUGGGGAGGCACCGGGGGAGUGCAUUCGUGCAAAGUGGACGCUCAAUCUUCACAUGUUGAAACGAGGCCAGCUUCAAGAGGUUGCUCGUCCGUAUGUGGGAGAAUUGUAUUCCGCCGAAUCGGGCUUGGGAUUUUCGACAUUCCCCGGGUUGGAGGCAUCGUUUGCAGCAUUCUACAAAGAUGGGCCCAUUCGCAAGGUGUAGCUGCUAGCUAGACUUGUUUUUAUUUAAAAAUAAAGGAUACAGUCCGGGCAUGCCUUUGCCGAGAAAAACCGAUGAGCCUGUGAAGACCACUGUGGGGCAGGCCGGCGGGCCUCCCACUGGAGACGGUGGCAGGCAACUCGAGCCCACCCGCUGGCGGAAGCAAACCGACACGCGGCUCAAAUCGUGAUGCAGCCAGCCUGAAAGAAUCUAUCUGAAUGGUUUGCCCACUCUCCGGAGUCUUGUUUCAGAUCUACGAUAGCUUUUUUAAAAUAAAGUGUUGUCGCCAAGUCAAUUCAAUACAUCAUGUAUUAAAUUAAACGAAGCAACGCA